AUGUCCGGUUCAGGAGACAAUGGUUGCGUACAACAGGAAUCGGAGGGGCAACAUUCAGGUGCUUCAAAUGAACUUCUGUUGGAAUUUCUUGAUAGUGUAAUGUUCAAAAGAUUCGACGCGGCUCUUAUGCUUUGUCAAAAGAUAAUCGAAGCUGAACCUGAUAACUAUGAGGCACGUGCAUUCCUUCCUAUGCUUGAGGAGGCGAAUGCAUUGAAGUCAUCAGGAUACUUUAAUCCAUUAGACGUGUCUUCUUCCACUGACUCCGGUGACAGCAGUGGGGAGGAAAGCGAACACAAAAAGGAGCGCCAUGACUCUUCCUCUUCUUCCGAUGAAUGGGACUAUAGUACAACAACAUCUGAUUCUGAUAAUGCUUCAGAUGAUGAUGGGUAA